AGCGAUGUUGGCCCAAGCCAUUUUCGCACCACGCCUUUGUUGGCCUGCGCUUUGGGAAGGCGGGCUUGCUCCGAGAGCCGCCUGGCGGUAUGCCCUGGCCUGAUCUCGCCGCCGCGCCGGCAUGAGCCAGACGGUUGGCGGCGUCUGCAGGAAGUGGCAGCGUGGGGCCUGCUCGAGGGAGCAGUGCCCCCUGUUGCACGCCCUGCCCCCCCAGCCCUGCCUGUCGGAGCGGCAGGACGUCGCCAGCCAGGCCGCGCCUCUGGAGAGCAGCUCGGAGAGCUGGACACAGAGCUCCAGUAGCCGCAGCUGGGCGGACAUGUCCGAGGACCUGUGGGCCACUGCUGGGCCGCUGGGCCGCUGGCAAACGCCCGAGGCCCCCGCCGCCAGGACCGCUGGGGCUGGCUCAUCCCACGAUGAACUUCCGUCGUUCCUGGACCGCAUCGCCAAUUUCCCCGAGUGGUUCCCCACCGAGGGCGGCGGCUCCCUGCCGCGCGAGUUCGGGGACGACAUGGAUGGACACAAUCACAAGUCCAAGUCGGCCAUGCGGCGGAGGCAGCGGCAGAUGUCUAACAAGUGGAGUGCGAUGAAGGAGCUCAACAACGCCACGUCCGCGCCAGUCUUGCGGGUACUGAAUUCGAUGCCGCCUCAGCUGCCACCCGUCCAGCACGCGCCGCGGACCGAGUCGGCUUCGCCUCAGAGGCCUCUGGCCCCAGCUCCGUCGCCGAGGAGGCCGCGGCGCAUUGAUCAAAACGACCCUGACGACUCUGGGGACGGCGGCCUUGAUGUCGAGAGCACGAAAAUCUCGUUGUGACAUCGAAGGCAUGUGCCCACACGGCGCAAUUAUCAGAGUCAGACGUCUGGAGAUGGCAAGCAUGUAAGUUGGCACUCUGAUUCAAUUCGGCCAGCGUCCAUCGGCGGCCUUGAGAGCUCUUCCAAGUCAGAGAUGGACUUGAUGUUACUGCGAGACUGUCUUUAUGGUCUUGAAGAGAGGGCGCGUGAGUGCCCACAUGUGUCCUUAUAGUUUGUUCCCCAACCAUCCUGAAAAUUUGUGUGAACCUUACACUUUGAUUGGUGUUAUGCGCGCUGGGAUGCGGCGGAGUUGGAUCAGAUGGCGGAACACGACGCCAAUGACAGCGACGUGGCGGGGGAGAGGGAGGAGGACAUGUGCUUAAUGUCCGCUACUCCGCCCCCUGGCUACUUCUUACCAUUAUAGAUCUGUUGUGCUUUACCUGUGUGCAGCUGUGCGAUGCGGCGAGGACUGUGGCUUGCUUUAGUCACGCGCGCGCUUCCACCCAGUGAGGCCCCAAAGGCUGGCAACUACAGUCGUGUCACACACAGUGCAUUUGUCCAGUCGCCCUUCCUCUUACUGCGCCUCUCCCUCUUGUUUCGAACGCUACGGCGUAGCACCAUGCGCAUCUCCGCCGUCCCUGGAUGCACAGUUUUUGAAUUUCCCGCGCCUUCGCAUCUCACUCUAGCGCUUGUUGACGCCUCAAGUAGACCGUUCACGCAGGCUUUCCGUCUCUCGCAAACACUCUGGCAUGCUGACUUGGAAGCCAUCUCUCACAGGACUGACUGUCUACGUGGCUGGACGCUUCAAUUCCGCUCAUGUGGACGGCGAUUGAGGUAGAUCAUCAGAUUCAAGAUUUCGUCGCAGACCGUCUCACCGUGCUGCUUACUUCUUUGGCCAAACAAAUUCAUUCAGGGUAAUCUUUGUCUCUGACCAGUCGCGUUUCACAUUCCUUUCACUUCUGCAUGGCGUGCGAUCAUCUGUCCCUCCCUCUUGUUCGGGAUGCUGCGGGAUGGCCCCUGUCCAUGUGCAGCAUCCAUGGAUGCACCGUGCUUUACUUCCUCGCGCUUCGCAUCUCCGGCUUGAGCUUGCCGCCGCCGAGGGACCAUAUGUAUGAGCGGUGUUUCUAAAGAUUGCCCGUCUGUGUUGCUCGACGUUCGUGUGAACGGCGUUUCAGGUAGCACAGUAGUUUCACUCUUGCAUCGCCUAGCUGGUCAUGGUGCAGCUCUGUCCGCUCCCCCUCCUCCCCCC